AUCUCAGUUAUCACCAUAACCCAUCAGUCCGAAACCCUCGUUCUUCUUCUUCCCCACCAUAACACACCACCAAGAUCAGCCACCAACACGACGUCGUAUAUCAAUAAUAUCAUUACCAAUCAUACGCUCCACUUAUGAUCCCCUCAAAUUCCUCAAUUCCAUUCCACAAAAAACCCUAAGGUUUCGUGUUUCGAUAAGAGGAAUGAAAGUGUUUGGGAGGAAUGUUAAGGAUUGUUCGUUAGGGAGUGAUUAUUGUUUGUUGUUUAUUAUUAGUAUUUGUUUGUUAGAAUGAGAAUUGUUGUGAGUGGGACAGUUGAUAAGAGAUAUGGCACAGCAAUCGUCGCGGCUUCAACGGCUACUGACUUUACUGGAGACUGGCUCGACACAAGCCACAAGAUUCACUGCAGCUCGCCAGAUAGGGGAGAUUGCAAAAUUACAUCCUCAGGACUUAAGCUCUCUGCUACAUAAGGUAUCGCAAUAUCUGCGUAGCAAAAACUGGGAUACAAGAGUUGCAGCCGCUCAUGCCAUUGGAGCAAUCGCUGGAUGUUUCAAACAUUCGUCCAUGACAGAACUCUUUAAUCUUGUUGAGAUAAAGUUGAAGGAGGCUUGCAUAAAUUGUUCUGUUGAGGAUGUUGUUUUUUGGCCAACAUCUCAUCCUAAAAUAAGUGCAAGCACUUCAUUCCAGAGCUUUGAACUCACUAAAGUGUUGGAAUUUGGGGCUCUUUUGGCUUCUGGAGGACAGGAAUUUGAACUUGCAAAUGAUUUUGGCAACAACCCUAAAGAAAGACUAGCCAAACAAAAGCAAAACCUAAAACGGCGGUUGGGGAUGGAUGUGUGUGAGCAGUUUAUGGAUGUAAACGAUAUGAUCAGAGAUGAAGAUCUUAUGAUGCAUAAAUCAAAUUCCACUGGGAGCGGUGUACCGCCUCAAUUUUACCUACAAAGAACCGGGCGUAACGUCCAGCAGUUUGUUGUAGAUGUGGUUCCCGGUUACAGACCAAGAAGGCCAAGUGCUCGUGAAAGAAAUCUCUUAAAACGCAAAGCUAAAAUUAAUUCCAAAGACCAAACAAAAGGUUGGUCUAAAGAUGGAGAACCUGACGUUUCGAACACUCAGGAAUUGGUUUCUCCCAAAGGCGUUUCUUCAGAUUUACCAACAACCAAUUCGUUGUUUCAGGAUGCUAUUCCUGAUGAAGACACCCCUGACCAUGAAAAAGACGGAACCUGGCCUUUUCAUAAUAUUGUUGAACAACUCAUUCUUGAUAUUUUUGAUCCUGUUUGGGAGGUUCGGCAUGGCAGUGUCAUGGCUUUAAGGGAAAUCUUGACACAUCAAGGUGGCUGUGCGGGGGUUCUAGGGUCAGACAACAUCUCUGACGGCACGUUACUAACUGAAUCAGAAGAUAAAAUGAAAAUUGACGUGAAGAGAGAACGGGAAAUUGAUUUGAAUAUGCAAGUCGGGACAGAUGAAAGGGAGCCAGACCUUAAAAGACAGAAAUCUGAAGAUGCAUCAUUUGAUCCGAUGCAUAUACUGGUCUCCACCUCCACCAGCACGGAUGCCAACCCUGAUACGAAUAAAUUGGUUGUAGAUACCAAUAGCAAUCUGUCUGCUGGACAGGCAAAUGGUGAAGUAGUUGUAAAUUCUGUUAAAGUUGAGUCCCAAUCAUGUAUGGACAUUGUAUCCUAUCCACCUACUGGAGCUACUGCUGACGUGGCACAAACAACAGAUAAUUGUGAUAAUAAAAAUUUGGUGGAGAAGGUGGAUGUACUCGACGGCCUUCCACAAAAUAGUGUGCUUAGCAAUUUGAUUAAGAGGGCUAGAAGCUCUUCGGUGAAAAACACAGAACUUCUUCAGGAUUGUGGAAUUCGAUUCUUGUGUGUGCUCUCACUAGAUCGUUUUGGGGACUAUGUGUCUGAUCAAGUUGUUGCUCCCGUGCGUGAAACUUGUGCACAGGCAUUAGGAGCAGCGCUCAAGUACAUGUCACCGUUGUUAGUUCACGAGACACUAAAUGUCUUGCUGAAAAUGCAGCGUAGACCAGAAUGGGAAAUUCGCCAUGGCAGUCUUUUGGGUAUCAAAUAUUUGGUUGCCGUGCGUCAGGAGAUGCUGCCGGAUUUACUUGGUCGAGUUCUUCCCGCUUGUAAAGCUGGUCUUGAAGAUCCUGACGAUGAUGUACGAGCAGUUGCUGCAGAGGCCUUAAUUCCAACUGCAUCUGCCAUUGUUUCACUUAGUGGAGAAAUGUUGCAUUCUAUUGUGAUGCUACUAUGGGAUAUCUUGCUAGAUUUGGAUGAUUUGAGCCCGUCCACUAGCAGUGUGAUGAAUCUAUUAGCGGAAAUAUAUUCUCAGGAAGAGAUGAUUUCUAGAAUGUUCUCAGCCCAAGGAAUGAAAGGAAAACAAGGGUUUGAUCUGAAUGAGAUUGUUUCUACUGAUCUUUCACGUACAGUUAAUUCUCAAGAAAAUCCCUACAUGCUGCCAACAUUAGCUCCAAGAUUGUGGCCAUUUAUGAGACAUAGUAUCACAUCUGUCCGUUAUUCAGCCAUUCGCACAUUGGAGCGUCUGCUUGAAGCUGAAUACAGAAGGAGUUUAUCUGAAUCUUCUAGCUCGUUUUGGCCUUCUUUUAUACUGGUUGACACCCUCGGAAUCGUGUUCCAGAAUUUAUUGCUUGAAUCAAAUCAAGAAAUUUUACAGUGUUCAGAGAGGGUCUGGAGGUUGCUUCUUGAGUGCCCGGUCCCAGACUUAGAAGCUGCUGCUCGCUCAUACAUGGGAUCUUGGAUAGAGCUUGUAACUACUCCAUACGGGUCACCAUUGGAUACUACCAAAAUGUUUUGGCCUCUUGCACUACCGCGAAAAAGUCACUUUAAAGCUGCAGCAAAAAUGAGAGCUGUGAAGCUUGAAAACGGCCUUCACCCCAAUGCGGUCUCGGAUUCUACAGAAGCUACACUUUCUCAUGAUAGAAAUGGAGAUCCUUCAAUGAAUUCUGUUAAGUUAAUAGUAGGUGCAGAUAGUGAAAUGUCGGUUACAAAUACUCGAAUAAUUACUUCAACAGCAUUGGGAAUUUUAGCAUCCAAGUUGCAUGAGGUUUCUGAUCAGUAUGUUUUUGAUCCCUUAUGGAAAGCUAUUAGUUCUUUAUCUGGAGUUCAGAGACAGGUGGCUUCAUUGGUUCUGAUAUCUUGGUUUAAAGAGAUGAAAAAUAAAGGCCUUUCUGGAAUUAAAGGACUCGCUUCUAACAACUAUGAUACCCUAAAGAACUGGUUGUUGGAGUUGCUAACAUGCACUGAUCCUUCAUUUCCUACAAAAAGUUCACGUCUUCCUUAUUCUGAACUUUCUAGAACCUAUGAUAAGAUGCGAAACGAGGCAUCUCAACUUGUUAGGGUUCUUGAAACAUGUGGCAUGCACAUGCCCAUGGAUGUGGAGAAUUUGACUCCUGAUGAUGCAAUGGCAUUUAUAUCAAAAUUACAACUGCCAAGUAAUGAUGGUGCUGCUACUGAAGAUUCAGGUGGUAGGAACAAUUUUGACGAUUUAGAGUCUAUAAAGCAGAGACUUUUGACCACUUCAGGAUACCUAAAAUGUGUCCAGAGCAAUUUGCAUGUUACUGUAUCAGCCUUGGUUGCUGCAGCAGUUGUUUGGAUGUCUGAGCUUCCUGCAAAGCUUAAUCCAAUAAUUUUACCGCUAAUGGCUUCAGUCAAGAGAGAACAGGAGGAAGUACUGCAAAACAUGACAGCUGAGGCUCUUGCAGAGCUCAUAUAUCAUUGUGUUAAUCGUAAACCCGGUCCUAAUGACAAGUUAAUUAAAAACCUUUGUGGUUUAAUAUGCAUGGAUCCUUCCGAGACUCCUCAAGCUGGAGUAUUGAAUUCGAUAGAGAUUAUCGAAGAACAAGAUCUUCUUCCAUUCGGAAGCAAUUCUACUAAUAAAACAAAACCCAAAGUUCAUAUGCUCGGUAACGAAGACAGAUCAAAAGUGGAGGGAUUUAUCUGCAGGAGAGGAUCGGAAUUCGCUUUAAAACAUUUAUGCAAUAAGUUCGGUCCGUCAUUGUUUGAAAAGCUUCCGAGGUUAUGGGAUUGCCUUACCGAAAUACUAAAGCCAACGGCUCCGGGAGACGAAGGGCAUAUUAGUCAAAUUACAGAUUCUGUUAAAGACCCUCAAGUUUUGAUAAAUAACAUACAAGUGGUCCGUUCUAUCGGUUCUUUACUAGACGAGACAUUAAGAACCCAACUUAUGACGCUUCUCCCGUGCAUUUUUAACUGUGUUCGACAUUCUCAUGUUGCUGUUAGAUUAGCUGCUUCAAGGUGUAUCACAUCAAUGGCAAAGUCAAUGACAGUCAACAUCAUGGGGCCCAUAAUCGAAAACGUUAUUCCAAUGUUGGGUGAUAUGACAUCUGUUAAUGCUAGACAAGGAGCCGGGAUGCUAAUGAGUCUGCUGGUACAGGGACUCGGUACUGACCUCGUCCCGUAUGCAAGGUUAUUAGUUGUUCCGCUUUUAAGGUGUAUGAGUGAUUGCGAUCAUUCGGUUCGACGGAGUGUGACUCAUAGCUUUGCUGCACUUGUACCUCUUUUACCCCUGGCCCGUGGGGUCGCCCCCCCAGCUGGUUUAAGUGAAAGUCUGUCGAGAAGUACCGAUGAUGCAGAGUUCUUGGAACAACUUGUUGAUAAUUCACAUAUUGAUGAUUAUAAGGUCCCAACUGAGUUGAAAGUUACCCUUAGAAGGUAUCAGCAGGAGGGUAUAAACUGGUUGGCCUUUUUAAAGCGUUUUAACCUUCAUGGAAUUUUAUGUGAUGACAUGGGCCUUGGUAAAACUCUACAAGCAUCAGCAAUUGUGGCAUCUGACAUUGUCGAGCGUCAGGCUUCAAGUACUGCAGAAAAUCCUCCAUCACUCAUUAUAUGCCCGUCAACUCUUGUUGGACAUUGGGUAUAUGAGAUCGAAAAAUUCAUUGAUGCAUCUAUCAUAACUACGUUACAGUAUGUCGGUUCGUCUCAAGAACGUGUUACACUCCGCUCACAGUUUCAUAAAUAUAAUGUCAUUGUAACAUCUUAUGAUGUGAUUCGUAAAGAUAUUGAUCAGUUGAGGCAGCUGUUUUGGAACUAUUGUAUUUUAGAUGAAGGGCAUAUAAUUAAGAAUGCGAAAUCUAAAAUCACGGGUGCUGUGAAACAGCUGAAUGCCCAGCAUCGUCUUAUAUUAAGUGGAACGCCAAUUCAGAAUAACGUCUUGGAAUUAUGGUCUCUUUUUGACUUUCUGAUGCCUGGAUUUCUUGGAACCGAGAGACAAUUCCAAGCAAUGUACGGGAAACCGCUAGUUGCAGCUCGCGAUUCUAAAUGUUCAGCCAAGGAUGCUGAAGCGGGUAUACUUGCGAUGGAAGCACUGCACAAACAGGUUAUGCCUUUCCUUCUACGCCGCACGAAAGAUGAAGUUUUGACAGAUUUGCCAGAGAAAAUAAUUCAAGAUAGAUACUGUGACUUGGGUCCGGUUCAAUUAAAACUUUAUGAACAGUUUUCGGGUUCACAUGUAAAACAUGAAAUCUCGAAUAUGGUCCAAUCAAAUGAAGCAGAGUCAGGUGAAGGCGAAGGAAAAGAUACAUCCCAAACGUCUUCUCAUGUCUUCCAGGCCCUUCAAUUUUUACUAAAACUCUGUAGUCAUCCUCUGCUCGUUCUCGGUGGCAAAAUUCAAGAUUCGCUUCCCCGACUUUUGCCCAAUAUUUUUGCAACAAAUUCCGACGUUAGUUCAGAACUCCAUAAACUGCACCACUCUCCAAAGUUGGUUGCGCUUCAGGAAAUUUUGGAAGAGUGCGGGAUAGGUGUUGACGGCACGGGUUCUGAUGGUUCUGUUAGUGUUGGGCAGCACCGGGUUCUGAUAUUUGCACAACAUAAGGCAUUGCUGGACAUUAUCGAGAAAGACCUGUUUCAGGUCCAUAUGAAAAAUGUUACAUACUUGCGGUUGGACGGAUCAGUUGAACCCGAAAAGCGAUUUGACAUUGUUAAGUCUUUCAAUUCGGACCCUACUAUCGAUGUUUUGCUCCUGACAACACAUGUUGGUGGUCUUGGUCUAAAUUUAACUUCGGCUGAUACCCUAGUUUUCAUGGAGCAUGAUUGGAAUCCAAUGCGGGACCUUCAGGCAAUGGAUAGAGCACACAGAUUGGGCCAACGGAAGGUUGUUAACGUCCAUCGUCUCAUAAUGAGAGGGACGUUGGAAGAGAAAGUGAUGAGCCUCCAGAAGUUCAAAGUUUCAGUUGCUAAUGCCGUCAUUAACGCAGAAAACGCUAGUCUCAAGACAAUGAACACCGAUCAAUUACUUGAUCUAUUCACUCCAGCAGACACUAAAAAGGGUGCAUCCACUUCAAAGAGCUCUGAAAACACUGAUGGAUUAUCGAAGGUGCCAGGUGGCGGUAAAGGGCUAAAAGCCGUUCUUGGUGGGCUCGAGGAGCUUUGGGAUCAAUCACAGUACACUGAAGAGUAUAACCUGAGCCAGUUUUUAGCCAAGCUGAAUGCUUGAAGGGUAAAAUGGGAAAUAUUUAAGAUAAAGAAUAUAAGUCCUUUUUGUUAUCAGUUAUCAUCACCUGAGCCUGUUCUUGGAACAAGUCUAAUAUGUCGAAAGCACAGCCGCCUUUGUACAGCAUACAUUUUUUGAGCUAGAGCUCGUGAUUUUGACAGUUUACGGUAGUUGAAUUUCCUUUUUUGCCCUUGGCUCGUUUAUUUAGCAUUUCUUUGUUGGUAUAGAAGUAAGGAAUAGGGAGUAAUUGAAGGAAGCAGAUAAUGAUGAUAUUGUAACAAUCAUGUUCUGUGAUGAGUAAGGGCGAAAAUACCCCUAUAACUAACUGAUGUUUAUGUUUUUUGUAGCGGAUUCUUGUUACAUACAUUAUAUGUAUUUGCCAUGUUUUAUGGCCUCAUUGCAUGAGCA